CGCUGAUGUCCGAAUAUUGGUCACGUGAUUAUCCGCCAUAUUGUGGUGGAGGAAGCUGCAAAAAUUUUUUACUGACAUUUUUCAUGAAAUCAAGAACUUCUUGGCCUCAACAUGGAGGUGGAAGUGGAAUACAAUUAUGAGGCUGAACAGUCCGAUGAGCUGUCAAUAAAAGUUGGGGACAUUAUCAAGAAUGUUACCAUAUCGGAGGGAGGCUGGUGGGAGGGAGAGCUUAAUGGCAAGAAAGGAAUGUUUCCUGACAAUUUUGUCAAGGUUAUUAAAGAUAAAGAUGCAAAGAAGGAUGAAGGAAAGAAAAAAGAUGUGCAAGCAUCAAAGAGACAGUCAGUGAAAGACCUGGCUAACAAGCUUAAAGGCCAGGUACAUGAAGGUGCUCCACCUAUGAUGAGGAGAAAAGCAGAACCUCCAGCGAAGAAAAAGAAAGCAAAAGUAGUCUAUUCUUAUGAGCCUGAAAAUGAUGAUGAACUUAAACUAGAAGUUGGAGAUGUUUUAGAUGUUAUUAAACAGGAGGAGGAAGGCUGGUGGGAAGGAAUAUUGAAUGGUAAACAGGGUAUGUUUCCAUCCAACUUUGUUGAAAUUGUAGAUGAAGCUGGAGAAUCACCAUCUCCUGAAAAUGCAGACAAAUUUGAAAAUACUGAGGAGCAUGUGAUCAAAGGGAAAAAAAUACAGGGUGUUGGUCUAGGAAAUAUAUUUGGGGAUGGUCCUAUCAAGUUGAGAAGUACAGCAGGCAAGAAACCUGGUGAUAAACCUCUAGAGCCACCAAAGGCAGUAGAAAAUGACUCUGUGUAUCAAUUAGGAGGGCCAAUCUACAACCAGGCAGAAAAACGAGAAGACCCAGUGCAAAGACGACUCAAAGGUUUCAGAGAUGUAACAGAAGAAAUUAAUUCUGAGGAGUCCAAAAAAUCACAGUCAUCAUUGCAUGUAGCCAAGAAAGAUCUGAGCCUGGUUGAGAAACAUCGAAGGCUUUUUAAAAACAUUGACUGUUUAGAUAAUGAUAUUGAAUACUUUGAAAAUGAAGAUUUAUAUGUCUUAGAUAUGUCUGAUAAGAGUUCUGAUAAUUAUAAAGCUUCUAUUGAAGAAGACCUAUAUGAGUUUGAAAAUGUUGAUGUUAAUCCUGAUAAUAAUUUAGGUUGUGAUAGGCAUGAGCACAUUGAGAUAAAGCUUGCCUACCCAGAAGAGGAUUCAGAUGUAUCUGAUGACGGAAGUAAGGAUAUUGAUUUUAAUAAUAACAGAGAUGCAGGAGUUCAAGACUGGUCAAAUUAUCACUCCAGGAAUUUUUCAGAGAAAAGAGAAAGAGUUGGUAUGGGAGGAAAUUGCUCAGGUGAUUAUAAUGAAUCUCUCAAGUCAAUAUUAGAUGACCUUGACAACUGCCUUGAUGAAAGUGAUAAAAACGAGGAUGAUAUUUUGACUGAAGUCCAAGUAGAUAAAGAACAAGAUGAAGAUAUACAUGACAAAAGUAUACUCUCAGCGUUAAUACAUGAUGACGUUGAACCUCCAGAGCUGGAAAUAAAGGCUUCAAAACCUAGACAGUAUAAUGAAAAGUUACAGACUUUGAAUUGUUGGAAGCACACUGAACUAACACCACCUGAAAGGGUAAGUUUUUGUAGAGCUGUAGACAGUGUUCUUGUCACAAAGAAGAGACUAAUAGAUUCUUCAGAGAAGUUACCUCACCAAACACCUCUCCAUUUUUAUCGUUUUAAGGAGUAUGGUGACAUGGAAAAAGCUGCCAGAGCCUUAAAUUAUGCAGCAGGAGAUCUUGGAGCAUCAGAUUUUAUGAAAUUCAGUGUAGUUACAGAUGAUAAUGGUUCUACUUCUGUGGUUGCUAAACCAUUUCAAGUGCCUAAACAUACUGUUCCAAAUAUCCAACAUACACCUACUCCAGAUAUCCCACAUACACCAACUCCAGAUAUUCCACAUACACAUACAGUUCAGGAUGUAAAAGCAACUCAUUCUAAAUCUCCAAAGACAUACUUUGCUUCUUUGAACAGAUCUGGUCAUCUCUCUCCAUUCAUUAAAUCCAUCGCAGAAAAGUAUGAAUUGUUUCAGUCAGGGAAACCUCACUUUAAGAAAAUAGAAGUUGAAGACUUUCAGAAAGAAGAUCUUGAAGAGUCCUACACCAUGAGUUUGUUGAGCCAUCAGCCAGAUAUCAGUUUAGAUGAUGUACGUUUUACUGAGGGUAAAGAUUUGUUAAAUGAUAGUAAUGAUCUGACAGAUCCUUUGGUGAAUCAGAUGGUGAAUAAUUAUGUUUAUGAUGUCAUAGCUGGUGGACAUGCUGCUCUGGGAUUAAACGGAUCAAAGUUUGACGAAGCAGGCGUAGUAACAGAUCUGAAUGGUAAUCUCAAGACUGACGAUGAUAUCUCUAUGGCAGUAUGUGUCGAUGAAAAUUCAGUGAGAAUAGUGAAUUCAAAAGAGGAUCUUGAUGAUAACUCAAUGCAGAUUUUAGAGUCAAGUACACUUCUUUGUAUGACAGAAGGUGAGGAUUUUUGCAAUGUUGAAAAGAAUAAAGAUCAAGGCAUCCAGUGGCACAGCAAAUUACGCAAAGAGUAUAAUUACAAAGACAUUCAAGACAAGUACCAAAAAGAAAAUAGAUUACAUAUUGACAAAUCAUUUUCGUCAUUUCAGGCAGAUAAGCAAUUUUUUAGGAGGAGGAAUGCUCUUAAAACACCCCCAAAACCUUACCAGAAGUUUAGAAGUCAUGGCUCUUUAUCUAGGAAGGAACCAGAAAGUGAUUUUGCAAGACAUUCAUCUAGCUAUUGCAGAAUACCAUUUAGCUCUAACAUGCAAACAUUUUGGUUUUGUAAAGAUUUUGAAGAAUCUCCAAAGUCUGAAAAUGUUUGCUUGACAAAAGUAAGAUCCCCAAAGAGAACAUGCAGUGAAAUUUCAGAGUCUGUACCAUCCCUGCUAGAUAUUGCAGAAAAAAACUGCCUGGAAGAGUUCAAAGGAAAAAUUGAGGCUUUUAAAGCAGAGUUCCCACAUUUAUCAACUUGUCCACUGUCUCUUGAUAAUAAGUCUCCUGCUAAAAAACGAAGAAAGAGAACAACAGAGCAAGCAAUAGCAGACUACCUUUACAGACAUCCUGAUUCAAAUCUGAACUCCAACUGGAAUGCAUUGGUACAGUUACCAUAUAUUGAAGACAACAGUAACAGUGUAGAAACUUUCUUUAAAAGUAAUUUAGAUGAUGCUCUAGAUGAUAAAAGCUCUUGUAAAAAUGUAGGUACCACUGACAUUGUUGCCUCCCCAGGAAAUUUGGACCUGCAACAUCACAAAGAUCAGAAGUCAGGUAGUGAAAGAGAAGGGAGUUGUAAAAAGUAUGAUUUACUAAUCAGACAGCCAGUUAGCACUUCAAAUUUAGAUAGUAAACCAUCACAGAAUGGCACUUAUUGUUUUAAAGACAAACUGUAUUCAUUUAAUAAUUCAUUGAAUAAUAUUGUAAAUAACAAGAAAAACAGCUACUGUCCUCAGUCAACCACCAGUUUUACAAAAGAAAGUCCUGUAAAGUUGGUGCGAUUUCAGAAAAUGGAUGAAGAAUUUAUUCCUGACUACUUAAGAUUGACUAAUAGGUCAAAACCGACAAAAUGCCAAACAAAAAAUGCAACAAAACAGGCUAGAAAAAGACUGGAUAUGUUAGAUUUCUUUGAUCAGUACACAAAGAACACACUACAGCAACCAUGUCAAAAUAAAAGUGAAGUUAAAUGUAUGCAAGAUGAUGAUGAGACAGUAAAAGUGAGUCGAAAUUGUCUUAUAUUGGCUAGUCUUGGGUUCAAAGAUUUUGAAGUUAGAAAUGCUGUAGACACGCACAUGAAAACAACAGAUGAUGCAGUGAAUGGAGAAGCUGAUGUCUCUGAUAUGUUAGAGUCUAGAAACAAAAUGUAUUCUGCAAUGUCAAAAGCAGUGGAGUCCUGUUCAGAACAAAUGGAGAAGGAGAAAGUAACACAGUUUGACAGUAUGAAUAGAAUAGAAAGUAGAAUAGGGACAGACCAGGAUUUUAGUAGAAAUGAGGAGGGCUGUGAUGUUACACCUGAUGUAGAUGCUUUAAUGAAUGAUUUAAAAGAUUUGGACCUAUCUGACACCCCACAGUAUGUACACAAUGAGACAGAGGAUACCGAAAUGCAUGCAUUCCUUAAAGAAGCUCUUGGAUCUCUUGAUGAUUUAAUGACUGCAAGUUUCACUUCAACAGGAUCAGUUACUGCUGCGGACAAUAAACACUUGCAGGAUGCCAGUAUCCAAGUCAAUGAUGGAUUCAACAAUACAGUUGAGAUUCAGAAUGAUUCUGUGUUAAAUGUUGUUGGUAAAAGAUGUUUUCUUCAUGAGUCUGAAGAUGUGUUCUGUGAAAAUAUACAAGGUGAUGAUGAGGGUGAUGACGAAUGUGUGGAAAUCUUUAAUGACCCAGUACUCACAAUUGUUGGCAAGAAAUGUGUAAUUCAUAAGGCUGAUUACUUCUUAGAUAAUUCAGCAGGAUUUCCAGAUGGACCAAGUCCACCAAAACUCUAUAAGAGAGAAAAGAAGAUUGGAAAUAGAUUUGAUAAUGAUGGAUUGAAAGGAUGUGGAGACAGAUUGGUGGAUAUUGAGGAAAAUGUUACAGAAGAAAGCUUUGACAGGUCUCUUAUUCACAAGGCUACUCAGUCAAGUCCUCAAGAGAAAAAUAUCUCAACCCAGACAAUAGAAUGCUCAAUACUUGACACAAGUGUGGAAACAGCUACACAGACUGAGAUGGGAGACACAUUUCCUGAACAAAAUGUAUCAGAUGAUGACUCUAGUUGUUCCAUCAAAGAUAAUACUUCAGUAGAUUAUGAUGAAGCAUAUGAUGUGGAUGGGAACAAGAUUGAUGAUUGCAAGGCUGCUGUAGUAGUAGAUUCCUACUAUGUCUAUGAAAGGCAGCCAUCCUACUUUUGUGCAAGUUCCUCAGUUGCAUAUUACCAUACUGUAGGAGAGUUGAAGAAUGACUACAGUGAUGAAGAGGAGGAAACCCAAAUAUACAAAGAUAUUCCAUUGUUCAAGAUAAGUCCUAUUGCAGAUAUUGAAAAUAAAACUAUGUCUAAACAAGAUGUUUGUAGUACUGACCUUUCUUUUGAGUCUCCAGAUGUCAAUUUUGAUUUUGAAGUGUCAAAGUUUCUGGAAGAAAUGGAUAGUUUGAGCGAUGAUGAGCUGAAUAGAACAAGAGGCUCCAGUCUUGAUACUGAUCUUACAGUUGGGAAUGAAUCUAAUGCCAUUAAUAGUGAUCAGGGUAUAAAACAAGGAGGCCAAGGUGUAACAGAUGAUGUAGAAGAUAUCCAGUCAAGGAUGCAGGAUUCAGGGAAGUGGUUACAGGAAUUCAUGGUGGCAAGUAAAGCUAAUGUAGUAGAAACAGAAGGUCAAUGUCAUCAGUCCCCUCUCACUGAUCAUCUUCCAGCUGAGUUUGAAGAGAAAGUUUCAUUUUACCCUGGCUACAAAUAAUUGGAACUCCUCAGUAAAUAUGCUAUACAGCUUUACCUAAAGUUCAAU